UCCGACCCCACAUACUUUUCCCUCUCCUCUCUCUCAUCUCUCUAACCAAACUCAAACUCCCCAGAACAUGAAAAACACAACAAAACCCUAAUCUCUCUCUCUCUCUCUCCACAUAAAUACUUCAUUUCCCAAUUAGUAUGCAAGACUUCAUAGGCUCAGUUCGCCGUUCUUUAGUCUUCACAUCGUCUGGUGGCGGCGAAGAACCCAACACUUUAGGCGGGCUUGUUGGGAAAAUUGGAUCUAGUAUUAGAAGAUCAAGAAUUGGGCUUUUCCCCAGACCCAUGCCUCCUGCACUGCCUCCGAUUGUGAAAGCUAAAAGGGAUGAUGAGUCUUCGAUUCGAUGGCGGAAAGGGGAGUUGAUUGGGUCUGGGGCUUUUGGGCAAGUUUACAUGGGGAUGAAUCUUGAUUCCGGGGAGUUGUUGGCUGUCAAACAGGUUUCGAUUGCUGCCAAUUCGGCUUCUAAGGAGAAAACUCAGGCUCAUGUCCGGGAACUUGAGGAUGAAGUUAAGCUGUUAAAGAAUCUCUCUCACCCAAACAUCGUUAGAUACUUGGGGACUGCUAGAGAAGAGCAUUCACUUAAUAUUUUGUUAGAGUUUGUUCCAGGAGGAUCAAUAUCAUCACUCCUAGGGAAGUUUGGGUCUUUUCCCGAGUCUGUUCUGAGAAUGUAUACAAAACAGUUGUUAUUGGGACUGGAAUACCUUCACAAAAAUGGUAUAAUGCACCGAGACAUCAAGGGGGCAAAUAUCCUUGUUGAUAAUAAAGGGUGCAUCAAACUUGCGGAUUUUGGUGCAUCUAAGAAAGUUGUUGAGCUGGCUACAAUGACCGGUGCCAAAUCGAUGAAGGGUACCCCAUACUGGAUGGCUCCUGAAGUUAUACUCCAAACUGGACACAGCUUCUCUGCCGACAUAUGGAGUGUUGGAUGUACCGUUAUUGAGAUGGCUACUGGCAAACCUCCUUGGAGUCAGCAGUAUCAAGAGGUUGCUGCUCUCUUCCAUAUAGGGACAACAAAAUCUCACCCACCUAUCCCGGAUCAUCUCUCGGCCGAGGCUAAGGAUUUUUUGUUAAAAUGUUUACACAAGGAGCCAGAUUGGAGGCCUACUGCAUCAGACUUGCUACAGCAUCCUUUUGUUACUGGAGAAUAUCAGGAAUCCCUUCCUGUGAAUCGCACUUCAGUUAUACGGGACCAUUCUGGAAAGCAUAUGGAUGUAUCUAAAGCAAAGCUUAAAAAUUCCAUAAACCCUGGGAAUAGACUAUCUGGAAUAGGUUCCAGUGAUAUGGGUAAUGUGAGGUGCUCUACUGUAUAUCCUGAAAAUUUGUUAGGAGAUGCACCCAACUGGGGAUCUAGCAAUUACGAUGACGAUAUGUGUCAAUUAGAUGAUGAAGAAGAUUUCUUUAGUGAUGCAUUAAUAAAGCGUAGUUCAACAUCCCUUUCUGCUGAUGUAAACAAGAGUUUUAACCCAAUGAGUGAACCUAAUGAUGAUUGGCAAUGUAAGUUUGAUGAUAGUCCAGUAUUGGAGAAAAAUGCCACGAAUAUAUUACCAAGUGAAACUACCAAUAAGCAUUCUGUAAGAUUUGGGUCAUAUGGUAAUGGGGAUGACUUUACAUUUCCAAGCGGCACAUUAACAACAGAUGAUGAGGAUGAAGUUACCGAGUCAAAAAUUAUAGCCUUCCUUGAUGAAAAGGCUUUAGUUUUGAAAAAGCUGCAGUCACCCCUAUACGAAGAAUUUUACAACUCACUGAAUCCAAUGUGUUCUAUUAGUGCUGUUCGGACUGAAAAUAAAGAAAAUUUAGCUUAUAACUGUAACUUACCUCCGAAAAGCAGGUCACCCAAUCGGGCACCCAGCAGAAGAUUCUCUGCUGCUGUUGAUGUUGCCUAUACUGCUAGCCCCGAGAAUCGCUCCAAGCAUGUAUCAGUUGGUAGUUCAAGUCAUCAAGCUGUGCAGGAACCAAAAUCACCUCCAUAUGAGGAAAUGAAGGUGGAUCCUAAUCAAGAGCCAGUCAGUCUAAGCGCAAGCUUCUCUGAGAGGCAAAGAAAAUGGAAAGAAGAGCUUAAUGAAGAGCUUGAAAGGAAACGAGAAAUGAUGCGGCAGGCAGGUGUGGCAACUACAUCAUCUCCAAAGGAUCGUAUUUUUAGCAGGCAAAAAGAUCGAUUCAGAUAUGACCCAUCAGGCAGGUCAAGGGAAAUGCAUCCCCAAGGAUUCAAAUUAUAAUGACCGCGCAAGCACAUAUUCACAUACUAAUGCGGCUGUAUCAUAUAUAUGGUAAUCUUUACAGGAAUGUUUGAUUUUCCCGGAUGAUGAUGAUGUAUUUAGCUCUGUGUUUUGGCGAACACAGAAGUUAUGUAAUAUGGCUCCUCCAUAGCCAAAUUCAUUAAAAGGAUUUAAGGUGGGCAACCACUAUUUGUGUUAAUUGUGUGGUUGGUCUGCAAGUAUUGUAUAAACUGUUUGUGUUUAAUUUUCUCCUGUAAACUUUUACCUAUUAUUACUCACAAAAGGAAUAAUAAUGAAAACAGGACCAUUUAAGUCUA